AAUUUAAAUAAAUAAAACUCAUUUAAUGUGUUUUUUAAAGAUGGAAGUUAAUCAACCUAUCCGGGUAUUUACAAGUAAAAAAAGUGUUGAAAAUUUUAUCAAGAGACGAGAACGACGUGGACGGUAUACAUAUUCUACUGGAACAUCAAAACUUAUAACAGAAAAUGUUCAAAAGAAAAGAAAAUAUAAAAUCAAAGAAGAUCUUUAUUGGUCCUCGUUAAUAGUUACUUGUACUAAAGGUGGAAAAUAUAUACCACGUUUAAAAAAUGGACAACGUCAAAUAUCUAAAACAACUGCAAAAAUAAACUGUCCAGCUCAUAUGAAAAUCUUACCAUCAAAAAGUGGUAAAAUGUUGGAGCUAAGGUCAUAUGAUUUACAUCACACUUGCAGAGCUUCAACUGAGAGUGAUCUCGAAAUGACAAAUCCUGAACAUUGGUCACCAGAUACUUCGAGUCACAAUGAUGUUUUCAAUUCAACUUUUCGUGAUACAGCUGAAUCUGACAACUUAAAUUUUACAAGAAUGUUAGCUGAGGUAUCAGAAAUUGAAAAUGACAAUGUAACUGAUGAUGGUGAAUAUGUUAAAACAAAUAAUGAUAUUGAUGAAGAUGUUGGUGGAGAUGCUGAUGAAGAUGUCGAUGAUGGUUAUAAUGAUGUUCAUGAAGAUAAACAAAAAGAUGAUACUCAUGAAGAUGAACAAGAAGAAGAAGAAGAUGCUGAUGAAGAAGGAGAAAAAGAUGCUGAUGAUGAAGAAGAAGAUGCUGAUGAACGUAAAAUACUGGAAGCCAUUCAAAGCUUGAAUGAUCAAUUGAAGAAAAUACAAAUGUCAAAAAAGAAUAAAAAAGAAAAACAAAAUGAUGUUGAUAUUGAUCUAGAAAAAAUAAAAAAUAAAUCUGAUAAUGUUAUUCUAGAUAAAAGAUCAAGAAAUACUGUCAAACGUUUUGAAAUAGGACUAAAUGAUGAACCAAUUAUAAAACCAACAUCGAGUGCUGCAGCAAUGAUUGUAACAAAUGACCGAAAGAUGAAAGGUCGACCAGCUGGAUCAAAAAAUAAAAAAAAAAACCUUGUUAUUAAUAGAACAUUGAAGUUUGAUGAAAAAAAAAAAACAGAAAAACAGGCAAUGCUAUUGAAAUCAGUUUUUGGUGAAACAAUACUUCAAAAAAUCUUUGUUAGUAAUUAUAAAGUCACUGUCAAUGAUUUACCAAAAGAAUAUUCAUCAAUACCUGAUUGCUUCCAUGACCAAUUGGUACAAUUAGAAAUAAUUCAACAAUAUUUUGAAAAAGAUGCAUUUAAAAGUUCGCUAACUUGGUCAAUAAAAAAAUAAAAGCACAAAUAUUUACGUGUUAUCAAUGUCAAAAUAAUUUAAUAGAUGGACAAUCAGAAGAAUCAAUAUGUUGUGACAGUUGUUUGUUUUGGUUUCAUACUGAAUGUAUAGAAAUAAAUGACAAUAUUGAUGUGUGGUUUUGUAUUGAUUGUCAACAAUAACAAUAAUAUUUAACUUAUGGUGGUGCCAGUAACCGUGUACUCAUAUAACUUUCAUUCAUCGUAUUUAAUUAUAUUAAUAAUUUUAACAAUGGUUGCAAACAUUUGUAAUAACAUUACAAUAUAAAAAUAUGAAUAAAAAAUACUAUCCAUUAAAA